AUGGAUAAUUCAAGAAAUCUUUUAUGUGAAUUAUUCUAUAAACAUUUAAAUGAUCCAAAUAAACAUUCAUUAUGUAAUAAAUUUAUUAUUGAUGAAUUAAUUACAACAGGAAAAUUAUUAACACAAUUACAUACAGAAUAUAAUCAAAUACAACAAGUGACAAUGUUCAAUUAUUUGUAUCAAUCACUGUUAUCGAUCAAUUUUAUGGAUUUCAAUGAUCAUCAAAUGAAUUCAGAUCUAUUAAAUAAAUUUUUCAAUGAUUUACAAAUGAUUCAAUCAUCAUUUCAUUGUUACAAUGAUAAAUCAUGUAUUCAAUUAUUAUUAUUAUAUUAUAUUCAUAUCAUUCAAUUAUAUCAACAUCAUAUAAAUAAUAAUAAUAAUAAUAUGCAUAAACAUAAUGAUGAUCAUUAUAAUUUAGAACAAGCUGAAGAUUUACGUGUUAUUGUGAACAAAAAUCAUGAUAUAUCAUCAAUUGAUUUGUUAGGAUUAUCAUUAUCUUUGCCAUCGUCAUCAUCGUCAUCAUCGUCGACGUCGACGUCGUCGUUGUCAUCGUUAUCUUCACCAUCAUCAUCAUUGCCAAUAAUAUCAUCUUCAAAACUGGAUAAUGAUGGUGAUGAUAAUCAUGAUAAUAAUAAUUCAAUUCAUUUCACAUCAAUACCAUCAUUCAUAUCAUCUGAUAAUUAUACAAUGAAUUAUUCUAUUCAACAACCGCAACAACAACAACAACAACCACAGCAACAAUUGAGAAAUACUCCAUUCACUUCAAUUCCUAUUCCUAUAAUGAAUGAAUUAUCAUCAUAUAUGACAAAUUCACAACAUACAUUCAUAAAUAGUAAUAAUAAUAAUAAUAAUAAUUAUAAUAUACAUCUAUUAUGUAAUAAUCAAGAUGUUCAUUAUUCAAUGAAUAAUCAAUUGAAUAAUAGUAAUGAAUUCAAUGAAAAUCGAAUUGAGAAAUUGAAUUGUUCAAAUAUUCAACAAUUAAAAAGUUAUACAAAAAAAUCUUUGAUUAAUAUGAUGCGAAAUAAAAUUGGAUCCAAUAAUUGUAUUCGAUCAUCUAGACGAUCAUCUACAGAUUAUAAAUCCCCGUCGGUACCAGAUCAAUAUCAAACAAAUCUGAGCCAAGAUAAUAAUAAUAAUAACUCAGAUAUGCUUAUGUCUCCAGAUUCUCCUCCCACGAGUUCCUCAUUAUUGUCGUCAUGUUUCUCCUUCUCACCAUCAUUAUCAUCAUCCUCAGCUUCAUCAUUAUCAUCAUCAUCAUCGUCUACAAAUUCAUCUCCUAAAAGCUAUUUACCAAUACAUGAUAAAUUACUCAAUCUAAAAUCUCGUUCCUUCUCUUUGAAACGAUCUCCUUUUAAAUUAUCACAGUUUUUAUAUUAUCUACUUAAUAAAUCAGAAUAUAAUCCACAUUUGAUUUGUUGGGUAGAUAAAUCACAAAAUAUGUUUAAAUUAGUGAAUAGUGCAGCAGUUGCACAUUUAUGGGGUUUACAUAAGCAUAAACCAAAUAUGAAUUAUGAAACAAUGGGUAGAGCUCUUAGGUAUUAUUAUGCACAGAAUAUUUUACGAAAAGUCAAAGGACAACGUUUAGUUUAUCAGUUCUUAGAGGAUUUUCAUAAAACUAAACAUCCUAUUACUACUACUACUACAAUAUCUUUUACAUCAUCAUUCAUGACAACCACAAUUACAACAACAACUACAUCAAUAACAAAAACUAUACCAACACCUAUAACAAUCACAAACAGAACCAUAGUAACAGAAUUUCCAGAGAACAAUUCAAAACCCAAUAUAAUUACACUUCAUUAAUGUUCUAUAUUCCGGUUUUAUAACUUUAUCAUAUGUAUUUCCAAAAAAAGAAAAUUGUUUCUAAUCAAAACUUUAGGCAUUUUAUUUAAUAACUACCACUACUACUACUACUACUACUACUACUACUA